AGAUUUUUAAUUCAUUAUUAUCACCGGUUUUCUAAUGCCAAACAUCGCGAAGUUUUGUACUCCGGUGAGAAUGCAUGGAGGCACUCAGGACCCCGACACUGUCUGAAGACGUGUCGGGGUCCCCGGGGCAAUGCAGCUGGCAGCUUUCUGCACAUGCACGUGUACUUGUUUACAUUGAAUGCAAGUGAUACGGACUGGACGUACAGCGUUUUUGAGUUGGAUGAUCGUGGAUUUUACAAGAAUUUGUAGGGUGUGUGGUGUAAUUUCUUCAACUACAAAAUGAAGACUGUUGAGAAGAAUGACCCUCGUGUUAGUGAUAUUGACAAGGAUGUCUCCAUCAAGUUCAAAUGGCAGUGGUUGGACCAUGAAGUUGAGCUUGCAAAGUCAGCUACGGUGACAAAGUCUUCAAGCCAGUCGACUUCUACAGGGCCUGUGGCGUCUGGUGCAAGUGGUACAAACUCCUCGACUGUUCAGAUUCGCUUAGGUGAUACCAUCAAGAAAGCUGAAGAGGAUGGCUACGUAUACGGGCGUGUCUGCAAUCAUUCAUGUGACACGGUUGCACAUGCAAUCAACAGGAUUGAAGGAGGUGUUGGAGCUUGUGUCUUUUCAAGUGGAAUGGCUGCUAUUAGUAACACAAUUCUGGCACUUAUAAAGAGUGGUGAUCACAUUAUUGCCCCUGACCCAGUUUAUUCUGGAGUCUAUGCCUUCCUGAAGCAAAUCAUAAAUAACUAUGGAGUGGAAGUGACGUAUGUACCAUCAGGGGACCUGGAUGCUUACAGGAAGGCAAUUAAACCAAACACAAAGAUUUUCUAUGGGGAAACACCAACAAAUCCAAUCUUGUCACUGUUAGACCUGAAAGCCUUUGCUGACAUUGCUAAAACUGUUCCUGGUGCUAUCAGCAUGUGCGAUUCUACAUUUGCCAGUCCAAUCCUACAAGAUACUCUAGGAGCAGGCGUAGACAUUGUCUUCCAGAGUUGCACAAAGUAUCUUGGAGGUCAUAGUGAUUUGCUUGCAGGAUCCAUGUGCACCUCAGAUCCAGAUCUAUUCUUCUAUCUGUCAGAGCAUCAGAAGAUUACUGGCAACAUCAUGUCUCCCUAUACAGCUUCUAUCUUACUACGAGGAAUCCGUACUCUACCAAUACGGAUGGAGAGACACAGUGAUAAUGCACUACAGGUCGCAAAGUUUCUUGAAGCUCACCCAAAGAUAUCCAGAGUGUUCUACCCUGGAUUGCCAUCCCAUCCUGAUUAUGAAGUAGCUAAGAAGCAGAUGAAGAAGUUCAGUGGAAUGGUAGUCUGUGAUAUUAAGGAUGGAAUGCAGGCUGCUAAGACAUUUGUCCAGCUCUCAUUAUUCAUCAAAAAUAUUGAAAUUGAACGAACGAAAAAAAAUCAACUCUACAAUCUACCCUAAUGGUUCUCUGAGUGAGGGGCGGAGCUUAGAGUGGUCACAAAAUCUGAGCGGAGUGACCUUCCUAAAAGCAAUACUGCAAAGCGUUGCUGACUCUACAUUCGUUGGUAUUACUGAACAUCCUACCUGAAUUUCAGGACACAUCACCAAGGUCUAAGGUCAUUUAGGGUCAAUGAACUUAGACC